UGAGCUCUCUAUAUAUGGAUGGCUAGCUAGCUCUGUCUACCAAGUCAAAUUGAGUUUUUUCCACCACCAUUUUCAAUGGCAAGCAAUCGAGCAAUACCGAACGAUUCUGUCAUUGUAAUCUCACCUCAAUAUUGCGCACCACGUCAAGUAGAUCUUUAUAUUGCCAAGAAGGUUAAGAAAGUAACAGAGGGUAGGCAUUUAGGAGCUUUCGAUAUCAACGACAACUGCAUCUUCAUAGUUAAAACCGGUGGUUUUUUCGGCAGUCGCCUUAUCCUUGUUGAUGCUGCGGGAGUUCCUGUCGUAUCUCUAAAACCGGUGACUCUUUCUCCAAAUUAUAGGUGGAAAAUAUAUAGAGGGGAUAGCACCGACUCAAAAGAUCUGUUGUUUAGUGUAAAGAAAUCUCAGCAUCCAAUUAAAUUCAAAACUGAAUUGGAUGUGUUCUUAUCAUCCAACACAACUGAGGAUUUGUGUGAUUUUAAGAUCAGCCAAACCUAUAGUGAGAACUCUUGUGUUAUCUAUCGAGGAGAUUCAGAUAACAUCAUUGCUGAGAUGAACAAAAAAAAGACUGUCGUCCGAGAUAAAACUCGUGGGAAAGACAGAUACUCGGCCACUGUCCACCCCAACGUUGACUAUGCUUUUGUUAUUGCUAUGUAUGUGGUUCUUAAUGAGAUCAAUACGUCAAGAAGCAACGGAGAAUAUGGUUACGGGGGUGGUGAUGGGACCGGUUGCGGAGGCGCCGGUUGUGGUGGUGGAUGUGGUGGCUGAUGUGGAGGUCGAUGUUAUCUCAAUCAUAAUGACUGCGGGACAUUAAACUCAUCAAACUCAGAUCUCGGUGUUGCUGUAUUAGAUCCACAUCUGUUAAAAUAAACUAAUAUUGUUUGUCCAUAUUCUAGUAAAACCUCUAAGAAUUCUCGGUGGAACAUGUCACUUCGAAAGAGUGGGUUUGGGUGAAUAUGUAAACGUAAAUGUAAACUUAAAACUUUUACAUGUAGCCAGAAUAUUAUUAUGAAAAAGAUUUUGUAUACAGUUUAAUUAAGUAGGAACCUACCUUCUGUUAUUUAUAUUUUGUGUU